AUCCAGAAAAAGGAAGAAGUACCACAAAAACUAAGUUCAGUUCACUCAAUCAUGUCUGACUCUUUGUGACCCCAUGGGCUGCAACACGCCAGGCUACACUGUCCACAAAAACUAUUUGCCCUCAUUAUCUAUUCAAAACCUAUACCUCUGCCCCAAACCUCUGGCAAACUUCUGUCACCUGUUUCCACACCACCCUACUUCGAUUUCUCAGGAGUGGAUAAAUUCACAGAAAAAAACAGGUAACAGUAGUCCUCAACAAGCAAGGGUUCACGUUCAGGAAGCUUCUCAAACCAGUCCCGCGACUCCUGACUCUUGCCAAAGCAGUCCCAUGUCUCCUCAUUCUAGGAUGGAUGCAGCUAACAGGGAAACAAUAACAAACAAAACAAGCUGCCAGCGCUGUCCGAGCCCUCACACCUCCUCAACUAGACCUGUAAAGGUCUCCACUAGCCACUUUCAGGGCUCCCAGCCCUCCCAUUCCCCGCUUCCUUAAGCCAUAGCAGCAGCUUUUCAAACAGGAAAGAAUACUCUCUAUAUUCGAUAUGGCCCCAUGACUUUCGUGGACUGCGACAGCCAUUGGCAGCAGCAAGGAUUUGAAGGCGCUCAGAGCGUGGUUCCAGUCCACAAUUGCUACUCGCCCUGCUCCAAGAUUUAAUUCUUUGUGAAAAAGAGAUCAUCUGAUAUUUGACAUCUAUCUAACUGAAGUUUGACUAACUGAAGGUAAGGUUAAGAAAAUGGAUAUUUUAUUGAAUGCUCACUGUGUAUUUUCUCAUUUUAUCAUCAAAUAAAUAUAUGAAGCUUAUUAUCAUCAUUACUCCCAUUUCAUAGGAGAAUAUUGCUGCUGAAGGGAGAGGGGCAAAGAAAUCUGUCUAUAACUGCUUCCUGCUGUUGAUCUACUGACCUCAUAAUGUCUGAAAUCAGAUUCAGCAAUCUCACUUGGGAUCAAGUUAUAACACUGGAUAAAGUGUUAGAUGAAGUAAUUCCAGUUCAUGGAAGGGGAAAUUUCCCCACAUUGGCAGUAAAACCAAAAGAUAUUAUUCAUGUUGUGAAAGAUCAACUGAUAGAGCAAGGAAUUAUUGUUAAAGAUACUCGAUUGAAUGGUUCCACAGCAAGUUACAUACUUGCAAGCCACAAUGGAAUCAGCUAUAAGGAUCUGGAUGUCAUUUUUGGUGUUGAACUACCAAGUGAUCAAGAAUUUCAGGUUGUUAAGGAUGUAGUUCUAGGUUGUCUAUUCGACUUUUUACCAAAAGGUGUAAAAAAGGAUAAGAUCACCCUGAAUACCAUGAAAGAGGCUUAUGUGCAGAAGAUGGUUAAAGUUUGCAAUAAGCAUGAUCGUUGGAGUCUCAUCUCUCUGUCAAAUAACACUGGGAAGAAUGUCGAGCUAAAAUUUGUUAAUUCACUCAGACGACAAUUUGAAUUUAGUGUAGAUUCCUUUCAAAUUGUCUUGGAUCCCAUGUUAGAUUUCUAUAGUGACAAAAAUGGUAACCUAACCAAUGAAUGCUAUCCUGUUGUGGUAGCUGAAAGCAUGUAUGGAGAUUUCCAAGAAGCAAUGACACAUUUACAGUACAAGCUUAUAUCUACCAGAAAACCUGAAGAAAUUAGAGGUGGUGGCCUUCUGAAAUACAGCAACUUGCUGGUUCGUGACUUUAAACCAGCUUGUGAAGCAGAAAUCAAGACCCUGCAACGUUAUAUGUGUUCUAGAUUCUUCAUUGAUUUUCCUGAUGUAGAAGAACAGCAAAAGAAGAUUGAAUCAUACCUCCGCAACCAUUUCAUAGGUGAAGAAAAGAACAAGUAUGACUACCUCAUGACCUUGCAUGGAGUCGUGAAUGAGAGCACGGUUUGCCUCAUGGGACUUGAAAGAAGGCAGACCCUCAAUAUGAUUGCCCUUAUGGCUUUAAAAGUACUUGGAGAACAGAAUAUCCUACCUAAUACAGACAACGUAACUUGCUUUUAUCAGCCUGCUCCAUACUUGGUUGCUGAAGGAGGGUAUCCUACUUAUUAUGUAACAUCUGGGCCACCACCUAUAUUCUUUCAGCCAUACCACCCACUGCACUUUCAUGUGCCAAAUGGUAUGAUUUAAACACACACACACACAAUAGAAACUUUGCUUUAAUUAAACACCUUCUAAAAGCAAGUUUCCAAAUUUAUGCAGUUACCAACUAUUUUAUAAUUCAUAGCUUAAACCAUCAUAGUAAAUACAGUAUCAUCUAUGAACUGACCUUUUUAAAUGAUCUUCAAAUGUUACUGAUUAGCUAUAACAACUUUCAAAUAUUGUGGACCACUUAAAAUGAUUUUCAAAUCUGACUGACUACUUAUAACUCAAAUUUACUAUGACAAAUACAUUAGAGAUGACUGAAUAUUUGAUUAAAAUAUAAAAGAACAGGCUCAUGUUUUGAAAUCCAGAGGUACAGAAAAGGCCAGUGCCAACAAUUCUGUAUUCAGUCAGUUCCUUUGCUACCUUUACUUCAUUUCUUUUUCUAGUGAAUAGUACCAUCAGUGAAUUUUCAAUGCCUAACAAAAAUGCCUAAUUUCAAAGACAACAGAUUCAGAAGACAUUAAAAUCCUAGACUUUGCAAGCAUAUAUUUUGUUUCCUAAUUGAUUUAGAUACAAACUCUUAAUACAGUUUUAAGGAACACUGAAAAAAAUGAUUCUGGAAAACACUGGACAUUAGUAAUUUAUCAACUAACAAGUUGAUUUGUGGAUCUGAAGAAUAAUACACCAAGCUGGACAGCCAAUACUGUGACCAUUUAUACAGAUUUCUUCAUUUUUUUCCCCCAAACAGUUGAAAAGAAUGAAAAUGACCAACUCUGAAUGUGGGAAGUUUUCUAUUAUCCUCUGGUUAAAAAAAAAAAAAAAAAAGACUCUAAAUGUCAAAAAGCAAAAAGCUGACAGAGGAUUUUAUCCAUGGCAUUUACCAUUUUUAUGACCUAUAUGACCAAUGUCUUAAUAUGUGGAGAUUUUAAUGUUAAUAAGUAAGUGAAUAUAUUUUCAUUAUUACUCACCAAAGCUUUUUUCCAUCUUGCCCUUACCAAAGAUGUUUCUCGCAUGACACUCAAGUGCCUCCUCAUGUGAAAUUUUGCAUAGUGCUGGAAUUUAUUUAACAAUUUUAUAUGUUCAUCAAGUAUCUGAAUAUCUACUCACUAUAUCACAUAUUCUGCUAGCAAUAUGCCUAUGGGAAUAAAGCAAUAUUUUCUUCCUAUAAUGAAGAAAAGGAUCCAUGACCAAUAUUACCUGGGAUGACAGGAGGACCUAUCCUGAAUGAAUAUGAAUAAGGCCCUCAGAUAACUUCACUAUUUUUACUUGCUUCUGAAUUUUUAUUAGUUUCCAUCUCAGUUUUCAUUGGCCAUUACAAGUUUUUCCAUCACAGCAUGAUCCAACAGGCAUAGUCUGAGAAUUUGUCACUUAAAUGACUGUCCUCAAUCCAUCUUCUCUGUAUUACAUUACCGGACUCAAGAAGUACACCUAAGAUGGCAUUUUCAAAUGACCAAUAUUUAUGAGAUUUUUUUUUUACCACAGUACCUUUGGCUAUUAGUAUAUUUUUAAAGAGUUAUAUUAUUCAUAUAUAUGAAUAUGAAUAUAUAUAAAUACUAUAUAUGUAUCUCACAAGCAUGAAGCUUUAAAACAUUGUAUGUAUUCAAUUCCUUGCUUGGGACAAAUAAAGAAUUUACAAAUGCUAUAUUAAAAA